AAAUUAUUAAAUGUGGUAUAAUGAAGUAUUAUUACUAUUAUUUGUCAAUAAUAUUCGUUCUGCGUUAAAUAAUGAUAAUGCGUUCUAAUAUCAGACUGAGUUAUCCGCCCAACUUCCUCUUUCACCACUAAACGUGCAACUGCAACCAUGAGUACACUGCGGUUGCAAAAACGGCUCGCCGCUGCCGUUCUCAAAUGUGGCAAAAACAAGGUCUGGUUGGAUCCUAACGAAACAAAUGAAAUUGCAAAUGCCAACUCAAGACAAAACAUCCGCAAGCUUGUUAAGGAUGGUCUCAUCAUCAGGAAGCCUGUUGCUGUACAUUCCAGGGCUCGUGUUCGUAAGAACAUGAUUGCCAGAAGGAAGGGGCGACACAUGGGUCACGGCAAGAGGAAGGGUACUGCCAACGCACGUAUGCCAGAGAAGGUUCUCUGGAUGAGACGUACGAGAGUCCUGCGACGGCUGCUCAAGCGAUACAGAGAGGCCAAGAAGAUUGAUAAGCAUUUGUACCAUGAGCUGUACCUGAAGUCCAAGGGUAACGGCUUCAAGAACAAGCGUAUUCUCAUGGAGUACAUCCACAAGAGAAAGGCUGAGAACAUCAGAUCCAAGCAGCUCAGUGACAUCGCUGAUGCCCGCAGAUCAAGGGUCAAGGAAGCUCGCAAGCGUCGCGAUGAAAGGAUUGCACAGAAGCGUGCAGACCUUAUCAAGUCGUACGCUGAUGAUGAAGCCAAGAAAUAAAUUAUUUGCCUGUAACAUUUUACCUGUCAGUAAAGCGGAUCAAGAAAGAAACUGUUUUCUUCAUCUG